CUGGGCCCCGGACGCCGCCCCGGCAUGGGCGAGCACCCCAGCCCGGGCCCAGCGGUGGCCGCCUGCGCCGAGGCGGAGCGCAUCGAGGAGCUGGAACCUGAGGCCGAGGAGCGGCCGCCGGCGGAGGACCACUGGAAAGUCCUGUUUGAUCAGUGUGACCCUGGGAACACAGGCUUCAUCAGUACAGGCAAGUUCCGGAGCCUCCUGGACAGCCACAGCUCCAAGCUGGACCCACACAAGAGGGAGGUACUCCUGGCUCUCGCCGACAGCCAUGCCAACGGGCAGAUCUGCUACCAGGAUUUUGUCAACCUGAUGAGCAACAAGCGGUCCAACAGUUUUCGCCAGGCCAUCCUGCAGGGGAACCGCAGGCUCUGCAGCAAGGCCCUGCUGGAGGAGAAGGGGCUGAACCUCUCCCAGCGACUCAUCCGUCACGUGGCCUACGAGACCCUGCCCCGGGAAAUUGACCGGAAGUGGUACUACGACAGUUAUACCUGCUGCCCCCCGCCCUGGUUCAUGAUCACGGUCACACUGCUAGAGGUUGCCUUUUUCCUUUAUAAUGGGGUGUCGCUGGGCCAAUUUGUACUGCAGGUAACCCACCCACGAUACCUGAAGAACUCACUGGUUUACCAUCCACAGCUCCGAGCACAGGCUUGGCGUUACCUGACAUACAUAUUCAUGCAUGCGGGGAUCGAACACCUGGGCCUCAACGUGGUUCUCCAGCUUCUGGUGGGGGUACCUCUGGAGAUGGUGCAUGGAGCAACCCGCAUUGGGCUUGUCUAUGUGGCCGGUGUCGUGGCAGGGUCCUUGGCGGUGUCUGUGGCCGACAUGACCGCGCCGGUGGUGGGCUCCUCUGGAGGGGUGUAUGCGCUCGUCUCUGCCCAUCUGGCCAACAUCGUCAUGAACUGGUCAGGCAUGAAGUGUCAAUUCAAGCUGCUGCGGAUGGCUGUGGCCUUGAUCUGUAGGCCUGCAAGGCAAAGGCAGGAAGCUGCCCUGGGACCUGGGGAGGCAGGAGGAGUGAGCAUGGAGUUUGGGCGGGCCGUGUGGCUGCGCUUCCACCCGUCAGCUUACCCCCCCUGCCCUCACCCGAGCUUCGUGGCGCACUUGGGUGGCGUGGCUGUGGGCAUCACCCUGGGCGUGGUGGUCCUGAGGAACUACGAGCAGAGGCUGCAGGACCAGUCGCUGUGGUGGAUUUUCGUGGCCAUGUACACCGUCUUUGUGCUGUUCGCUGUCUUCUGGAACAUCUUUGCCUACACCCUGCUGGACUUGAAGCUGCCGCCGCCCCCCUAGAGACCUGAAGGACCUUGGUCCGGGAGAGAAGGGAGAAGCAGCAUCAGCCAGGAGCAGCCGUAUUCUUUUUCUCAUCACCAGCUCAGUGAGGCCAGAGAGGAGAGGACAGGAGAUGCUGCGCUGCUGUAACAUUUGUGUUCAGAUCUGAACAGGCAGUGGAGGCCUUUUUCUGAAGGCACCCACUGGAGGAAUUGGAUAUGGCUUCUGUAGUUUUUCUAGACUGUUCUGAGGACCUCAGGCCAGGGUGAAGGCCUGGGGUGAGGUGAGAGUGGCCGUCCCCUGGGGCUGGCCGUGUCCCAUGUGUUCAGGGACACAGACUGGGCGGCAGCCUUCUUCACCCGCCACCCAGAGGUACCUAAGAGGGGAAGGAAGGCCCGCGGCUGUAUAGCCAGGCAGGCCCUGUCCAGCCCACAGGUCACUAUGGGCCAGGACUUGUUCCCUCCAAAGCUACUGGGUAUGGAGCUCUGGAGUGGAAGGGGGCCUGGUGGUGGAGGAUGGUCAACUUUGGUCAGGGCUGGGGGGGAAGCCAGGAUGCCCUCCCAUGCCUGUUGGUGGGCACUGGGGUGUGGCCUCUCAGGCCUGGAGAGAGCAGAGGGAGAUCCUAUGGCUCCAGGACCCCCUUGCCCUCAGGGUACCUGUGAGAGGAGCCCGAGAGGGAGGCAGUAACUUUGUUCAGGGCUUCCCCAGUGGCUCAGAUGAUAAAGAAUCUGCCUGCCGUGCGGGAGACCCAGGUUCGAUUCCUGGGUCGGGAAGAUCCCCUGGAGAAGGGAAUGGCUACCCACUCCAGUAUUCUU